UUUAAACUUAAAAAAUAGCAAAAGUAUAGAAAAUAAACAUAACAUUAAAUAAUUAAUAAAGAAAUUUUGUGUGUAAAUAUUUUGUUUUUAUAAAAUCAAAAUUAAUUUCCGGCGCAUAAAGAUUUUUUCAAAACUGGAUUAUAAUAAAUCCGACGAUAUUGGAUCUCUACAGGAAAAUAAUUCAGGCAUAACCAACAAAAUGGUUAAACGCACUGAUGGUUCAGAAUCCCCCACAUUAGCGGAAUCAGAUGCAGAUGGUCAUGAAAAACCACGUGUAAAAUAUGGAGAAUUAGUUAUAUUGGGCUACAAUGGUUAUUUGCCUCAAGGUGAUCGUGGUCGCAGACGUUCUAAAUUCGUUUUAUAUAAACGCAGUGAACCCAGUGGUGUUAAACGUUCCAAACAUUAUAUUGUCCAAUCACCACAAACAUCUAAAGCCAUACUCGAUGCCAAUCAACACUCAAUAUCAUACACAUUAUCACGGAAUCAAGCUGUUAUAGUCGAAUAUAAAGAGGAUACAGAAACCGAUAUGUUUCAGGUUGGACGCUCCUCAGAGUCGCCUAUUGAUUUUGUUGUAAUGGAUACACUGCCUGGUGAUAAAAAAGACGCAAAAGUAAUGCAGAGUACAAUAUCACGUUUUGCAUGUCGUAUCUUGGUCAACAGAUGUGAACCUUCAAAGGCGAGAAUAUUUGCAGCCGGUUUCGAUUCGAGUAGGAAUAUAUUCUUGGGUGAAAAAGCUACAAAAUGGCAAGAUAAUGUAGAAAUAGAUGGCCUUACAACAAAUGGUGUUUUAAUCAUGCAUCCAAAGGGUCAAUUUUGCGGUGGCAAUGCCAAAUGUGGUCUAUGGCGUGAAUGUUCGGUGGGUGGCGAUGUCUUUAGUUUGCGUGAAUCACGCUCAGCCCAACAAAAAGGACAACCGAUUUAUGAUGAAUCAAAUAUUUUACAAGAUGGCACUUUAAUUGAUUUAUGUGGUGCUACAUUAUUAUGGCGUUCUUCAGAUGGUCUACAACAUUCACCGACCAAACGUGAUUUAGAGAAACUGAUUGAUGAAAUCAAUGCUGGUCGCCCUCAAUGUCCUGUUGGCCUUAACACUUUAGUUAUACCCCGUAAAGUUAACAUUGGUGAUCAAAUUAAUCAGCCUUAUGUGUACUUAAAUUGUGGUCAUGUUCAAGGUCAUCAUGACUGGGGCCAAGACAAAAGUACUGGCGCCCGACGUUGUCCCAUGUGUCUAGAAGUUGGUCCUGUGGUUACACUGUGUAUGGGUUUAGAGCCAGCGUUUUAUGUAGAUAUUGGUCCACCAACAUUUGCAUUUAAUCCAUGUGGUCACAUGGCUACAGAAAAAACGGUCAAAUAUUGGGCUAAUGUUGAUAUACCACAUGGUACAAAUGGUUUUCAAGCUGUUUGUCCAUUUUGUGCGACGCCCCUUGAUGGUAAUUCCGGUUACAUUAAAUUAAUUUUUCAAGAUAAUUUAGAUUAAAAUAAAUAUGUAUAAUAAAUAUUAAAACAAAAUAAGGAAAAUUGCAAAAAAAAAAA